AUGGCCAACGACAAGUUGGACGCCUUUGGGGCGCUGAUUGAAGAUGCUGUGAAGGAUGACAGUCGCAGCAACGCUAUCCUGAUCGUCACUUCGGUCUUCCUCGGCAUUUCUCUAUCAAUGGUGAUCUUGCGAUGCAUUGUGCGGACGCGCGUAGUGCGCGCAUUUGGAUGGGAUGAUGGAGUCAUGGUGUGCGCAAUGGUUCUGAACCUUGCCUUUGCAAUCUGCGGCAUCGUUGGCACCAAGUACGGCAUGGGGAGGAAAUUACUAUAUUUUGCUCAAUACCCAGAUCACCUGAGUCAAGCUUUACUGUGUUGGUGGCUUGGUCAAAUAUUUUACGUCAUCACUUGUGUUGUCGCCAAAAUUUCCAUCAUUAUCACUCUCCUCCGCAUCACCGUCGAUAGAGUCCAUGCAUGGAUCUUGUACGCCGCAAUGGCCCUGGCAGUCGCUGUCGGCGGCACCUUCCUUCUCUUUACCAUCUUCCAGUGCAAUCCAGUGCCCUAUUACUGGCACCAAGGGUCCGCCGAUGCCCAUGGCACAUGCAUCAACAAGGACACGCUCAUUGCAAUCGCCUAUCUCUACAGUGUCGGCGCAGCCAUCACCGACCUGACGAUCGGUCUUCUUCCCGUGGCAUUGAUUUGGAAUCUGCGCAUUAAUAGGAGAACUAAAAUCGCCAUCGCCGGUAUUCUCAGCAUCGGUUGCAUUGCGAGCGCCGCGGUGAUUGUUCGUAUUCCUUUCAUCCAUCACUAUAAAGAUCGCGAAGUACUGUAUAAUACCUAUCAAAUCGUCAUCUGGUCGAAUGUCGAAGCCGGCCUCGGCAUCACCGCCGGAUGCCUCACCACAUUCCGUCCCCUCUUCAAAUUCCUCCGGGAUGGCUCCUCCGCCUCACGAAGUCGCCGCACACCCGGACCAGGCUCCUUCCCGCUCGCAAGUCAUCCUCAUGGGUCGAAACCUUCCCGCGUCAACCACACUCGCAAUGAAUCGGGUCAUUUGUGGCACGACAGUGCCAACGACGACUACGGUGGCGUGACCACGACCAUCAUGGGUAGUCAGCAAGGCCACACCCUCGGGAGUAGCGAAGAAGACUUGAACCCGAUCACCAACCAGCAAUUCGGCCAUGGGUGGAAGGUUGAGCGUUCCGUUCGGGUUUCCGUACGCGACGAUUCAUGA